AUGCCAAAACAAUCAGUAUUGUGGAAUAGUCAGUGCAAACAAUUAGCACUGUUAGCAUGGUCAAUUACCUGGAUAGUAUUGUUUAUCAUAUUUAUGGAGAUUAACAUAUCUAUUGUUAGGGGUUUCUCAGUUUGGAUAUUUGGCUUAAUUGCUGACCUACUCAUACUGAUUGAAAUGGUGGGUGUGUUUGCCGGCUGGAAACGACACUAUUGUCUGGCACUUACCUACACCGGUAUCAAAGCAGUAAUGGCAAUGCUAUCACUUAUUGCUACUAUUUUUACCGCUAAUAUUCCCGGACCGGUAACGGCUUUAUUUCAACAGUGUUUUGUUGGAGCUAUUGUUGGCUAUAUUUACUGUUGUGAACUGUCGUCACCAUUAACAGCACCGGUAUCAAGUGUACACUACAGUAAUGAUGGUGUAAUUGAUAACUGUAUGGCAUAA